AUGCUUUCCGAAGCCUCUUUGCUCAUUGCUGCCUGCAUUUGUACCGCCAAUGCAACGCAAUACCUGCAAUCGCGCUCCUUUCGCAUCGGCGUGGACACCGACACCGGAGCUUUGCUUUCCAUCGUGCAUCCCAAGGACAAUGCAUCCAUGAGCUGGAUUAGCGGACCUGAUAACACACCUUGGCAACCUCUCGGAAGCAGAUGGGGUCUGGGAUGCGUCGACCUCGGCCCUCUCCAUCGGAGUUUCUGGCAGAGGCCCGAGAUCCGCGUCACUGAUACUACAAUGAGCGCAGCGUAUACUCUGGAUGGACUACAGAUCGACGUCACAAGGACUGUCAAAAACGAAGACGACGUCAUGGAGGAGUGCUUCGCCUUCACCAACACCGGCAACGAAAGCCUCACGUUGGACGCCGAGGGCGCUGAGUCUUUCGCCAUCUACACGCCCUUCAACGACCAUUAUACAUCGACAACCGAUGUUCUUGAAAACAGAGCCCAUGCACACGUCUGGGCAAACGGCGGCGCAUCGUCGUGGGUAAAGCUCACGCGGAUGGGUCUGCGAGGUCCGCACCUUGGUCUUGUUCUCACCGAGGGCGGGCUGCAGGGGUAUAGCAUUGAGGGAAGGAGUCGAGUGACCUUGUCAAAUACCAGGGGUGUAUUCCUACUUCAUCCAAACAUGCCUACUUUGGAGAGUGGAGAGACCCGCCGGGUCUGCUGGGAGAUGUUUUGGCAUGAGGACUGGGAUGAGUUUUUUGAGGUGGCCAUGCAGCGCUCUAGCCAGUUCUUGCAUGUCGAGGCGGAUAGAUGGACUUCUGUUGCUGGUGAGGCUGUGAACUUGACUGUUUCAGGGCAGAGAGCGGAUGAAGUGGUGUCUGAUGGGCUUGAUUUUGUUGCGGAUGGCACUGCGUCAUUCUCGACGUCACUCCAGACCGAUGAGCCAGGGGAGCAGGAGAUUACAUUGACCAUCGGCGAGGGAAAGAACCAGACCAAUUCGACCAUUGUCCUGAACGUCGUCCCAGACAUCGACAAACUGAUCGCAAACCGCGCCAAAUUCAUUGCGCAAAACCAGCAGCUGGGCACAGACUUCUCCGACCAGUCCAAGGCCGGCGCAUACGCAGUCUACGACAACCAGAUGGAAGACAUCGUAACCUUCGAAACCUCCUCCGACCGAAACACCGGCCGUGAACGAGUCGGCAUGGGCGUCCUCAUCGCGCGAUGGCUGCAAGAGAAUCCAGACAACCCACAAAUCGAAACCUCCCUCCGAACAUACUACGACUACGUGACCAACAAGCUGCAAGAAGCAGACGGGUACGUCCGGUCCUGGCCUAUCGGCGCUGCACGAGCAGACACCUCACUGCGCCUCUACAACUGGCCCUGGGUCAUGCAGCUGCACCUCCAGAUGGCGAAGCUGGGCGAUCUACCAACAACAAGUCACGGAAAUUCCACGGCCACACCAACCCAGCGCCUGCUUACUACAGUCGAGCGCUUCUAUUCCGAACCCUCCGCAAUCGACUACUACCCCAUCAACCUCCCAAUCCUGGAAAGCAUCACCUACCUCCGCCAAACCGGCAACGAAGAGGCCGCCACCCGGUUACUGCACCUCUUCACGACACACGGCCAGCGCAUCGCAGAGAUCGGAGCCCAUUACCCCUCCGCAGAAGUAAACUACGAACAAUCGAUCAUCGCGCCGGCGACAAUAAUCCUCCUCGAACUCUACCUGUCCACAAACGAAACAAGCUGGCUGGACGCAGCCCACGGGCACUUCGCACGCCUGGAGGCAUUCAGCGGGCGCCAGCCUGACUUCCACCUGCAUGAUAUUGCGAUCCGCCACUGGGACGGGUACUGGUUUGGCAAGGAUCGAUUGUGGGGGGAUACGUUCCCGCAUUACUGGAGUACACUGACCGGGAUUGCGAUGGGGUAUUAUGCCCUUGCGAUCGGGGAGGAGGGGUACGCUGCUCGUGCGGAGGGGAUCUUCAGGGGGAAUCUGGUGCUUUUUGAUCAGAGUGGACGCGGGUAUAGUUCGUUUGUUUAUCCGGUUACUGUUGAUGGCCGGCCGGGGCAUUAUGCGGAUCCGUAUGCGAAUGAUCAGGAUUGGGCGCUGGCGCAUCUUUUGGCGAUGAGGGCGUGGUUGUAG